UGGAAUUAUCAUCAUUUUCUGUAGGCAUGAAUAAUUCACUUAUCCUACAAACAGGCAGCAUUUUCUAACUGAAACUGAAUGCCACAGAAGCUCGGGUAGGGGGCUCUAAGAGCACUUGGGGUAAAGAUAUGAGACAUGAAACAGAUGAAAAUAUCCAGGGAGAAGGGAUAAGAAAAGAAGAGGAAGGUUAGAGCUCCAUAUGCUGCUUCUGCUUAACAAAAGCUGAAAUACAUGAAAUUAAAUGCAAGUAAUGGUGCUAAAUGUACACUGUUGUAGGAGAAUUAAAACAUUUCAUAGUAUAGCAGGAGUAGUGCCUCUGAGAAUGGUCUGGACUUGUCAUUAUCUUCUGCACUCUGAGCAGGACUCCAAGCCCAACAACAGCAGAUGCCCAACAGCAGCUCCAUCAGCGAGUUCCUCCUGCUGCCAUUGGCAGACACGCAGCAGCUGCAGCUCCUGCACUUCUGGCUCUUCCUGGGCAUCUACCUGGCUGCCCUCCUGGGCAACGGCCUCAUCAGCACAGCCGUAGCCUGCGACCGCCGCCUGCACACCCCCAUGUACUUCUGCCUCCUCAGCCUGGCCCUCCUCAAGCUGGGCAGCAUCUCCACCACUCUUCCCAAAGCCAUGGCCAACACCCUCUGGGACACCAGGGCCAUCUCCUACACAGGAUGUACUGCACAGCUCUUUUUCCUUCUCUUCUUCAUGUCAGCACAGUUGUCCCUUCUCACCAUCAUGUCCUAUGAUUGCUACGUUGCCAUCUGCAAGCCCCUGCACUACGGGACCUUGAUGGACAGCAGAGCUUGUGCCACCAUGGCAGCAGCUUUUUUCUGUGAAAUCCCCCAGAUCCUCAAGCUCUCCUGCUCGGCCUCCUACCUCAGGGAAAUUGUGCUUCUCAUUUUUAGUGUCAGUUUAGCCUUUGGGUGUUUUGCUUUCAUAGUUGUGUCCUAUGUGCAGAUCUUCAUGGCUGUGCUGAGGAUGCCCUCUGAGCAGGGACGGCACAAAGCCUUCUCCACAUGCCUCCCUCACCUGGCCGUGGUCUCCCUCUUUCUCAGCACUGGCUUUUUUGCCCACCUGAAGCCCCCAUCCAUUUCCUCCCCACUCCUGGAUCUGACAGUGGCACUUCUUUACUCAGUGGUUCCUCCAACACUGAACCCUAUUAUCUACAGCAUGAGGAACAGGGAGAUCAAGCACGCUCUCAGGAAAAUCUUGUAAUACACACUAUUCCAG